UUGUUAUUGUCACGAAUUUGCUCGAGUCGCCUCCUCCUGACACCCUCUUCUACGAUGGUCAUGUACAGGGUAGAACAGUGAACAAACAGCGAUAUUUUAGGCUAGAUUCUCGUCCCUCACUUACGCAUGAACGCCCAGGAGUAUGAGGAAGUCCCGGAGGAAGUUGUGGAAACUUCCUUCAUGUGUGGGGAGUGUUUCCUGCUUUUUCCGACCACAGAAGACUUCAACGCCCAUCACUGUCAAGUGGCUGAGGUGGUGAAGGUGGAGGAUGGCAGUACACAACAUGUGGAGGUCAACCAGCCCACUACUUCCACUCUGGAUGUGCCGCAGUCAACAGAAAUACACAUAGCAGGAACAUGGGAGGCUGGAGAAUCUGAGGCAGCCAUGGAAGAAGCCGUAGCCAGUAUCCUUGGAGAAAGGAUGAAGCGGACAGCACUUCAGGAACACCCACCCCCCAAGGUCCAGCUGGUGCACACCUCAGAAAUGAGUGAGGGAGAAGUUGGGCUUUCAACCAUCAAGGAAACCCAAGUGGAUCCUCUUCUGGAGCACACUGUUGAAGACACACAUCACAUGGAAAGCAAUGUGCAGCUGGAUGCUGUGGAGAUCCCCACCACAAAUCUGUACAUGUAUGACAAUCCUGUGUACCUUAACCGCCUCAUGAAGGACAACACGUUUGGUCGGCGGGUGCGUCAUGAUGCUCCCUACAGCCAGCGUCUCGGUCCAUGGGAUAACAAAUCCAGUCGCAUGCUUAUACAACUUCUCGGGGAAUAUCCAAGAGCAUAUUUUAUUUUGGAUAAAGAGUGUAAAAGAACAGAGGCUUGGGAGCUUAUUCGCAUCAGGCUGGCUGAGGCUGACUUUCAGUUCACAGUGCUGCAGAUCCGCAUGCGUUGGCGGGAGCUGUGCAAGAAAUACCGAAACACUGUCAAUCAUAAUGACAUGUUUAAGACAAGAAAGACAUGUCAGUUCUUUGAUGAAAUGAAUGAGCUUUUUGGAGUGUGGGAUCACCCGGCUACACUUCUGCUGAUUCGGCAACUUGAAACCAACGGAGGCAAACCUCUAGGCCAAAAUGGAGGAACUCGCAUGAGAAUCAAGGUGUGGGAGCACAUACGUCAGGUGUUAGCAUCACAUGGCUACAAUUAUACUGCUGAUCAAGUUCAGGGUCGCUGGAGUAACCUGGUGACUCUGUACCAGAGGAUGGUGGAGCACAACUCACGGCCGCACAACGAGCCCAUCACCAUUGCCUUCAAGGACCACAUUGAACGAAUAUUCAAUUAUGUUCCAGAGCGCAACUCAAAGUGGCUCAAGAUAAUGGAGAAACGUGGAAAAUGUCCCAAGUCGGUGCCAAAAAAGUGGAGUGCAGCAGUGGAGCGGAAGCUGCUGACUUACUACUAUGAGAGAGUGUAUCGUUUUAAUAAUGAUCACAUUGAUAACACCACAUUGUGGAAGGAAAUAGUUCAGAAAUUGGAAGAUGAAGACGGAUACUAUACUACCAUUGAAAAGGUGCGAACUCGUUUCUAUGAACUGACCAAGCAGUUUUCCAUAUCUGAGCAACACAAUGCGCAGCCUGGCACAAUACGUCGAGAGUGUAAGCACCAUGAAAUGCUUGCUGAGAUAUAUAAUACCUACAACUUUUGGCCUCAUGAUAGAUCAACAAUUAAAAUGGAAAAGACCAAUACCAUUAGAAUGAGACAAGUCAACACUCAGUUAAUGUGGAAUGAAGAUCAGUCUCGUACUUUGCUCCAGCUGUAUCCACAAGUGUUGGUCUCCCAUGUUGCAAGUGGAGACCACCAGCCAAUAGAGGAACUGUGGCUGCAGUUGGCAAAGGCGUACAUGAAUGCUGCAAAUGAUCGAAAACAGUGUUAUGAGAUUGAGGAACACAUUGCCUUGAUGCGCCGUGGGUACCACAGCCAGAACCCAUUCCCUUUUGUUACUGAAAUGCAGCUUCUGGAGGAAACAGAAUCAACUUUUGGUUUUGUUCCUGAUUCUCUACCAAUUACUGGUGAUCAAUUGAUCUCAUAUUGGAGUCACAGAGCUGCACACCUCCUCUUAGAUUUGGUCAUUCAUCACCGCCAGGAAGGAGUAAAAAAUUCAGGGCUGUUUGAAGCAAUCAGUCGUGACCUUGCUGAUUAUGGAUAUAGAUACACUGGGGAAGAGUGUCGUGUGUACUACUCCCUCCUGAGGCAGGUGUAUACCAACAGACUGAGGACCAUCAAGCGGAACAAGGAAAUGAUCAAACCCUUCCCAUACAUGGACAAGAUGGCAGAAGUGGAUGCUGUCGUUUCACAACCAAAGUUUGUUGAAACUCCAGAAAACCGUCAAGCCAUACUCAGUGCUGCAACAUCCAAAGUGGAUGAGCUGAAGGGAAAGGAAGGUGAGGUGCAGAUUGCUCAUUGGCUGGUCAAUCUGAAAAUGUCCCUCAAGUGUAAGGAAGCUGUUGUUCCUCCUCCUCCUGUUAAGUGUCUGGCUCGCAUCUUGGCCGAGAUAGUAGAAGCGUCUUCCCAUGAAGCAAACUUGGAUAAAUGCUGCACUGCUCUUAGUGACCAUCUUAACCAUCUGAAAUUGAUAGCAGGAAAAGGAAUUUCUAAUGCUGAAAGUAAUAAUAUGUACAAAAGCAGAGGAAGAAAGCCGACCCCAAAAAGUGUGGCUCAGCCAAAAUAUGGGAAUGUUCAGUGGACGGAGAAGAACCUGAUUACUAUGCUGAGAAUCAUCAUAGAGUGGAAACUUCUGUGCCAUGACAGUGUUGAAGUGGAAGUUAUGCUUGGAAAUAGACAGCCUUUAUGGAGGGAAGUGGCUUCAAGUAUCAGUGACCACUACAAGCUUGACCCUGCUAAGUGUUAUGCACGAUUCAGCCAGCUUUGUCGGGAGUACAAGAGUGUCAUGACCUUCAAUGCCCGCCUUGGCAAAACUGAUGGAGCUAAGUCUGUUGUAUGUCAGGACUUAUUGGACUGCAUCAUGUCACUUGAUGUUUUCCAUGAUGCUCAGCUGGAUUUAAGAGACAGAUGGUGGGCGAGUGAUAAAAGUAGAAGCUGGGGACAGGAUGAGACUCUAGACCUCAUAUUCACUGUGAGGGAAAUGUGGACUGGAUCAUCAAAAGUGAAUUGGGAUGUGGUAAGUGAGAUGAUGGCAGCUAGUGGCUACAAACAUACUGGUGAGAGCUGCCAGCAAAGAUUUCAGUGUCUGUUCAAGAGUUACCAGGCAGCAGUGGAGCACAACCAGCACUGUAACAUAAGGACUCGCCGCCGGCCUCCAUUUUACUACAAGCUGAGAGAUCUUUUUGGUACUUGUGAUAUGAAUUCUACAUUUGUAACAGAGGCAACUGAAAACCCAAAUCAAGAAAUCUGCCUUGACAAAACACAAGUCUUGCCUGUGCUUGUUACCUUACUGAGGAAAGUCAGGGGUAGUUAUUGUCACAGUGUUCCACGUAGACCCUUUCUCUUGCUUCUGGCCCAGCACCUCAAUGAAUAUUUUCAGUGUACAACAUCUACUUUUAAUUCCUGCUGUGUGUGGAAACUUAUGGUCCAUCUGCAUGAAAUUCACUAUGAUGCUGCAGAACAUAACACUAUAGUACAAGAAGACAUGAAUCUUGGGGAUCUGUGGCAGAAGAAUCCCAAGCCAGUGGUGGCAUAUGGUCUUCAUGCUCUUCCUCUUCCUGGCUGGGAAAAGGCAUGCAAGUGGAAAGUCAAUGAGUUGUACCUGCUCAUAGAAGCUGCUGUUGACUUUGUGCUUCAGCAGCCAGGUUUGGAACAGAAAGGCAAGACUGUUGAGACAGUUGCAAGCAAGUUACUGAAUGUGCAUGGUUAUGAAAAGACUCCAGAGCAGUGUCGAGAACAAUGGCAGUAUAUUGUGACUACUUUCCUUAGAGGUGGUUAUUUGCAAUUUAAGGAGCAAUUAAACCUUAUCCAUAUUUUGGCUCCUUCUCUACUGGUAUCACUCACUAAUAAUGCUCAUAUCAGUAUGUCAAUGGCAACAAGUCAUCAGCAGCAACAAAUAGCCCACAGAGCUGAUUGUAAAACUACCAUGUCAUCAGCUACAGAAAUUAAAGAUACUGCAAUGAUACAUUCUUCAAAAAAAAGAAAAGUAGGAAGUCAUCAUUGUAGUAGACUACCAUCAAAGGAAGCAACUAAUGAUGGCGAUGAAACUAGUGCAUCAGAAAAUAUCACAUCCUUUGUUCAAAUCAAUGUUCCAAGCAACAAGAGUGUCAGAAAACGCCGGACUCAGGCUUCUAUUAGUGAAAGAAAAAGAGAAGGGAGGUCAGUUCCAUAUUGUACAGAAAAAGGUAUUGACAUCUCUGCUGAUAGUAAGAAUGGACAUAGUGUAUUAAGGAGUGUGAAAAGAUCGUCUUGCACCUCAAAAGAAAAAUCAAGCAAAGCAACUGUCAACACUAAACGAGCCAGUACUUCAUCUACUGAUGCAAAAUUGACCGAUUCCAAACCCUCUUCAGAAAAAACAAACAGCCUAAAAGCACCAAAAGAUAAGGUGCAAGUGGAAGUUUUAAGUAUUACAGAAAACAAAACUUCCAAAUUAAUUGAAUGUCGCACAGUGGAAGGUGCCAGCCCUACCCAGUCACUUAAACUUUACUAUCCAGCAGAUCACCCUCUGCCUCCAAAUGUUAGAUACUUGUAUAUUCCUCAAGCAAUGUUUCAUUCUAACUGUGGCUCUCCGAUAGGGAAAGAUCCAUUGCCAAAUUAUCUAGAAGAUAACUCGGUCAAAGCUUCAUCUGGGAUAAAUGUUAAACAGGAGAUUAAUUGUGAAGGUGAUGAGACGAAUGAAGAACUGGACAGAUUAUCAGAACCUAAUGAUGUAGCUACUUUCACAAUAAACCCAGAAAAAGAAGCUGUAUUGGGGCUGCUGUCCAAGUACAAUCAGCAUUGCAAACAUGGAAAGGAGAGAUUACAUGAUGUAAUUCAAGAAUAUCAUCGGGAUCACAUUUCUGCCCUGAAAAAAAUGACUUCUUUAUUUAAGGAACUCCAAGAAUGUGUCUGAUAUCCAUUUUUGUACUUUUCUUUUGUCAGAAUAUAUUUUUUACUGUGAAA